CUUCUCUUUGUGGUCUGGUCCACACUUGCAGGGCCCCAAAUAUGAUCAGUCAGCAUGAGUGUUUGUCAGUUUGUUUUUGAGACCUCCAAUUCUUUCUGUGUCGCCGCGAGACAUCAAGCUAUGUUUUCCAGUCACGGGAGUCCAGCUCAACAAGAAAAACAGCUGCAAGGGGUUUCCACAAGAUCCCCACAUUUUUGGACCAGCACUUCUGGACCUGCAGGGUCAGGCUGCCAGAAAUGUGAGCAAAAUCCAAGCCAUGGUCAUAGUGAAUGUCUUCGGAAAUCACAGGGCGUUCGCUGCAUUGACGGAUUCGGGUUCUGUUGUUUGUUGGGGUGACUCAGAGGCUGGUGGAGACUGUCAAAAGGUGCGAGAGCAGGUCUCCUCCGGAGUGGCAGACAUUUGUGCUUCAGCAGCUGCUUUUCCGGCUUUGAAGAAGGAUGGCUCUGUCGUCACUUGGGGCCAUCGAGACUAUGGCGGAGACAGCCGGACAGUGCGAGACGAGCUCAAGAGCGGGGUAUCUCACAUCACAGCGACAGAGUCAGCAUUUGCUGCAAUGACGGAUGGUGGUAAGGUAAUUUCCUGGGGAAAUCAAGCACAUGGCGGAGAUUCAGACUCGGUGAAGCACAGGCUGCAGAAAGAGGUGCGUCAUAUUUUCUCGAACAAAGUGGCUUUUGCUGCAUUGAAGUCUGAUGGCAGCCUUAUUUCAUGGGGUGAUGCAGAGUGUGGCGGGGACUGCAGCAAAAUUCUUCAAGAGUUGAAUGAGAUAGGUUCUCCACCAAUCACAACAAUCUAUUCAAGCCCAUAUGCGUUUGCAGCACGUCGUGCCGAUGGAUCGGUGAUAACCUGGGGUGAUCCAGAUUCUGGGGGCGACAGUAGUGAUGUGGUGGAAUCUCUUGAGGGUGGUGUGCAAUGGAUUGGUUGCACUGACGAUGCGCUUGCUGCGAUCAAGUCCUCUGGAGAGGUAGUCACCUGGGGUGACCCUGCAUCUGGUGGUGACACUUCUUCGGUACGAAGGCACCUGAGAGCCAUUGCAAGCGUCGUUGCUACCCGCGGCGCUUUUGCUGCCCUGAGAGAAGAUGGAUCUGUAGUUUGUUGGGGUGAUUCAUCGUGUGGUGGGAAUGCAUUUGCUGUUGCACAGCAGCUUAAUGGAGUGAGAAAGCUGCAAGCUACGCGGGGAGCAUUUGCUGCAUUGAAAGAAGAUGGAUCGAUUGUUGUUUGGGGCGAUGAGAAGCAUGGAGCAAACGCAAAGUCCGUUUCCAACAUCAUAUCUUCUGGGGUCAAGGACAUUUUUGCAAACAAUGUAUCUUUCACGGCUUUGAAAGAGAAUGGUGGCCUUGUGACUUGGGGAGAUGAAAGCCAGGCAGCUUCCUCAGUGCUCCCUCGCAUUCCACACGUGCAGAGACCCUUUCCUGCAACAUCCCCCAGUGCAUCCUAAGUAGAAAAUGACUCUGGUCGUUUGGUACCAUCAGUCCGAAUGAUAUAUAUAUAUACAUAGUUACAUAAUCUCUUUGCUGCUUCAAUCAUUUGCUCACUCACUUUUUCGCCCUUGUGCUUUAUUUAAUCUCAAUCAUUUUGUCCUCUCCUUUUGCAAUCUUUUGCAAGCAUCUUCCAUUCGGUCCCGAGCGGCUGCGAGCGGUGUUGGGUGGACCAGUUUCAGCUCCAAGGCCCGCGCCGCAGGGUCAGUAUGCUGGGCCAUAUAUAGAUGCUGAUGCUGAUGGUUUUGAGUCACGUGUCAUGUUUUCAUAGCUUUUGCAGCUUUGAGUCACAUUCCUUUUCAGCCGGGGCUGUGGUGGUGAUGGUGGGAUCGGAUGUCGACAGAUUACCGAUGACAAGAGCAUCGCGUGUUUAUACUAAUCUUGUAAAGAUAUGUAAAGAUAUGAACAUGGAGUAUGGACUGAGACCUUUACACCUGUGGGUUGCUGAUGCUGAUGUCUCCGGACCUUGACUUUGGGUAUUUGGGGUCAUCACGCACGAGUCUCAGAUUUAUGUCCAGCUGAGACGUGUUGUAUGGUGCACCAACCAAUCCUUCCAUUGUUCACCAGCACAGACUGGCCUUUUUUUUGGUAUGGUCAAUUUCAAGCCAACCUUCUUCUACAAAUCACAUGGUUCUGAGUAUACGCUUCAAAGGUUUAGAGACCUUGUGCCUUGCCAUAAGAUUCUCUAAUGUCAAAUGUUGAUCAAGUGUUUUAGCCAAGGGCAGACAAAGAGGUGCAAGGGAUUAUGCCAUUAAUGCCUGCAACCUAAUGGCGCUCAGGAAUAGUUGCGACAAAGUUUGCAUUUGCUCUUCUGAAAUGUGAUGGGUCCGUUCUUACUUGGGGAGAUCCUGCGGCUGGAGGUGACAGCACUGCUGUAAAGCACCAGCUGUCUUGCGCUUGAUGAUUUCAACUUCAAGUUCUUCUUCAGCAGGCAACCGCGCUUUCAUGCAGCCUGUGAAGAGCGACCCAUAUCAAACAGCCUUUCAUGCCGCUGAUAUGUCAGAGCCAACCGAGCCAUUGGCUCGUUUGUUAACAUUUGCUGACAGACAACCUGUCAGAUUUGUGAAUGCUGCAGCAUUGACAGUCGUGAGUGGCCCGACAUUUGACAUAAA